CAGCUGCUACGGCCCGCUACGGUGCACCCGCUCGCCCGCUCUCGUACGUACUGUGCGCGUUGCAUCAUGCGCAAUAUUUGCGACUGUUUUCGAAUAUCAUUCUGAAUUGAUAAUACCAGCUGAGAAGAAAACAGACACGCUUGAGCUACGUUAGGAAAAAUCACUGACACUGGCACUAGUCCAUUUCUCGCAUAAGAACGCUGAGCUUCUCUAGAGUGUUCCGAACUUAAGACAUCUCUGUAAACCGGCAGCCCCCGUCAUUGAUGAAUAUCGGUCUCAGAAAGCUAACUACAAAAAAGGAGGUCGAUCGAGCUAUCAAGGGAACAGUUGACAAAGUACUUGUGCUGAGAUUUGGGGAAGAAGCUGACUGCCUGCGGAUAGAUGACAUUCUGAACAAGGCGGCGCCUCUGCUAUCUCGUAUGGCAGAGGUGUACGCCGUAGAACCUCACUCCGUGCCCGUUUACACAAGGUACUUCGACGUCACCAUUACGCCAGCCACGGUGUUCUUCUUCAAUGGCCAACAUAUCAAAAUAGAAAGCAGCAGGAGUGCCGACCACACCAAGUUUGUGGGCUGCUUCAAGACCAAGCAGGAUUUGAUUGACCUGGUGGAAGUGAUCUACCGGGGUGCCAUGCGAGGCAAGCUCAUUGUGACGUCCCCAAUCGAGAGUUCUCACACACCUCAAUACGACCUCCUGUACAAGGACAUCUGAUGGCCAUGUGGGCCACACCUGUGCUGCGAGCGGUCAGCCGCGAGCUGCGAGUGGCUGGUAGGCUGCACCGGCUCAGGACUAGUGCAGGAACCCUACUGCUGAGGGGUGCCUGGUUGCAACAGCACCUGCCAGUGUCAUGGCAGCGUAGGGGACUCGGAUUCGCUGCCGUGCCUGUAGGACUCGGUGGCUACUUGAUGGCCAACAAAACCAGUAGCAGCGCUCAGGAGGAGAAGUUGUUUCGUGCUGCCAAGCUUGGCAAUGCGGAUGAGCUUCGACGUCUCUUGGCUGAAAAAAGUGUAGACCCGAACUGCCGCCACGCACUGGGCUGGACGCCGUUGCAUGUUGCUGCCAUCAGUGGGCACCGUGACUGUGUCCUGGCCCUUCUUGAAGCUGGUGCCGACAUUGAUGCUGGUGACGAAUUCAGCAACGUUUACCAAAUGGCGCGCGAGAAGCAGCUUCACUCCCUGGAGGUGUUGGUGGUUCGUGAAGAUGAGUUCAGCAACCGGCUAAGCAACCGAGCUUCAUUCCGUGGAUGCACAGCACUGCACUAUGCAGUGCUCACUGACGACACACUACUGGUGAAGACCCUGCUGGAGAAAGGUGCUGAUCCAACACUGGCCAAUGACCAGAAUCACCUGCCGGUCGACUACAGCCGCAACCCAGUCAUGCGCAAGUUGCUGCAGGAGUACACGGAUGAGCACAUCAAAAAGCGCAAGCAGAGGGAAGCUGAAGAGCGACGACGCUUCCCCCUUGAGCAACGAGUCAAACAGGUAAUCGUGGGCCAAGAAGGUGCCAUUGCCCUGGUUGCAGCCACCAUUCGGCGCAAAGAGCUGGGCUGGUUUGACGACGAGCACCCACUCGUCUUCCUCUUCCUUGGGUCAUCAGGCAUUGGCAAGACAGAGCUGGCUAAGCAGAUAGCAGAGUACCUUCACGGGGGCAGCACGGGCCGCUCAUCAUCGUCCGGAGGAAAGGGUUUUAUCCGGUUGGACAUGUCAGAGUACCAGGAGAAGCACGAAGUGGCCAAGCUCAUUGGCUCGCCACCCGGCUAUGUUGGCCAUGAUGAUGGGGGCCAGCUGACACAACGGCUGCGCGAGUGCCCUAAUGCAGUGGUCCUGCUUGAUGAGGUGGACAAGGCACACCCUGAUGUGCUGACUGUAUUGCUGCAGCUGUUUGAUGAAGGCCGGCUCACUGAUGGCAAGGGCAAGACUGUCGUUUGCAAGGAUGCCAUCUUUGUUAUGACUUCCAAUUUGGCCAGUGAAGAGAUCGCUCAGCAUGCCACCGACCUCCGGAGAGAUGCCGAAUUGCUUGCCCUGCAGCGGCAGAGCCUGCAGCCUACCGGCGUUGCAGAGGAAGUCAGCAUCCGCAGUGAUUUUAAAGAACGGGUGGUGCGGCCCAUCUUAAAACGCCACUUCCGCCGCGACGAGUUCCUUGGUCGGAUCAAUGAGAUUGUCUACUUCCUGCCCUUCUCACGCAAGGAGCUGACGGUGCUGGUGACAAGGGAGCUUGAGGGCUGGACCCGGCGAGCGAAAGACAAGCACGGCAUCGAACUCACCUGGGAGCGACGGGUCGUGGAGCUUCUGGCAGAUGGAUACAAUGUCCACUAUGGUGCACGAUCAGUCAAGCAUGAGGUAGAAAGGCAGGUUGUGAACAGGCUUGCAGAGGCACACGAAAAACAGUUGCUUGACUCUGGAUGUGCUGUUCACCUUGUGGUUGAGGACAGCGAUGAUGGAGGACCGGCCAGGAUUACGCUGCUGGUGCGACCUAAGUCGCACCGAACCAUGGACCUGGACCUCCCACUGAGCAACGCUGCACCCCUCGGUGGCAGCUAGAUUUGUUUGGAUGGUUGUGACACAGUACAGCAGCACAGUGAGGUGCAGGAACGAGAGAAUGGAAAGAUUCCUGAUCAUAGUCGAAUUAUUUUGGUUGGUGAACUAAUAUCUGUGACAGCUUGCAUAAGCUGCAGGAAAAAGCAGGUACAGUGUAGAGGCACUGGACAUCCACCAACAACUGAAAAUUUUGUGGUGACCUUGUUUGCUUCUAGUAAACAUAACAUGGGCAUUA